AUGAAGUCAUUCAUAUAUCAUGGCUUCCUUCUGGCGGUGCUUAUCGGAAUAGGCUCCACUGAUUCAGUCCGUGUUAUCCGACAACAAAAAGACGAUCCAAUAUUCGUGAACAAGACCGUCGACAAGGGUUGCUACAAGUCGUCGGACCCCCUAGUGGAUGACGGCGAAUAUACUUGGCAGUCGGUUGGGCACUGUCAGCAAAUAUGCGUAAAAUCCCAGAAGCCUGUUAUGGCUGUUAGCGGAUUCAAUUGCUUCUGUGGUGAUCAGUUGCCGCGAGAGUCUGACGAGACGACUAGUGAUAAGUGCGACACGCCUUGCGGUGGAUGGCCUGAUGAUAAUUGCGGAGGGAAUAAUGCGUACCAUGUACUCCUUACUGGCUUCAUGCAGGAGAAGAACGUCCCAGUGCUUGGUGGAAAGUCAUCGACGGGUAGUUCCAGUAAUACCCAAACCUCGUCCAGCUCGAAUAAUAAUGGAGGGCCCACUGUCGUUGUUACCGCCACUGGCCAACCAGGAAAAGGCCCAAACAAGGCUGGCAUCGCAGCUGGCGUGGUUGUUGGCAUCGUUGCACUGGGUGCCAUCAUCGGUGGCGGGUUCUUUUUCAUGAAAUACAAAAAGCGCAAGGCCGUGGAGGAGGAAUAUCGUCGCAAUGCAACCAUUAGCAGCUUCGUUUCUGGAGGCAAACCACUAUCUUCUCAGCAAUCAUCAUUGUCCGACUCUCGCCUGGAUCAAGCCAUGAUGUCUCACCGGCGCCAGAGCAAUGGAAGUAUCGCUGACGACCAGGAUUUCUCGAGAAGAAUUUUGAAGGUUACUAACCCAGACGGCGGUCAUUAUUAA